GUGAACAGUUUUGUGGGAGCCUUCCACGAUGCUGUGAUCCUGUACGCCCUAGCUCUGAACGAGACGAUAGAGGCAGGGGGCAGUGUCACCGAUGGCCACGAGAUCACCAAACGGAUGUGGAACAGGACUUUCCAGGGUAUCACGGGUACAGUGAGUAUCGAUGAAAACGGGGAUCGAAACGCCGAUUACUCUCUCCUGGAUAUGAACCCCGAGACGCAUAAGUUUGAGGUGGUAGCCGAUUAUUUCGGCAACAAGCGAGAGUACACACCAACACUUCAAACUGGAGGCGGAGUUGGCAGACAUGAACUGGCGAGUGCGCUGGGACGACAUCAUGUUUAGCGGGCCCACCAGGGGGAAGAAACCUUCGGAACGACAGAACGGACACAUGAAAGACCUUCAGAACGACCACCUAGUUCGAUUCCACGGCGUGUGUAUCGAUAUCCCAAACCAGUGUAUCCUCACCGAGUACUGCCCCAAGGGAAGUCUGCAGGAUGUACUCGAGAAUGAUCAGAUCAAGCUGGACUGGAUGUUCCGAUACUCCAUCAUGCAGGAUAUCGUCAGGGGCAUGACGUACCUACACAGCACUGACGUCAAGAGCCACGGACAUCUCAAGUCCAGCAACUGUGUAGUGGACAGUCGGUUUGUGGUCAAGAUCACAGACUUUGGACUGCACUACUUCAGGGAGAAGGAGGAGGAGUUGGAGGAGGAUACCUACGCCAUUGAGAGAAGUCGCCUGUGGACUGCCCCAGAACUUCUGCGCAUGAGCAGCCCACCGGCCGCGGGCACACAGAAGGGAGACGUGUACAGCUUCGCUAUCAUCUGUCAGGAGAUUGUCUACAGAUACGGCGUGUUCUACCUGCAAAAUCUGGAGGUAUCGCCCAAAGAAAUCACGGACAAGCUGAAGACGGGCAUGAAGCCUUACUUCCGGCCCACGCUGGAGGAGUUUGACUGUCCCAACGACGAGCUGGCUGGGGUCAUACGUCGGUGCUGGUCCGAGGAGGCCGCUGACCGGCCGGACUUCCAGUCCCUGAGGACCAUCAUCAAGAAGAUGAACAAGGACGGAGACAAAGGCGACAUAUUGGACAACCUUCUCUCCCGUAUGGAGCAGUACGCCAACAACCUGGAGGCUCUGGUGGAGGAAAGGACGUCCGACUACCUACAGGAGAAGAAGAAGGCUGAGGAACUCCUCUAUAACAUGCUGCCCAAGUACGUGGCCUCCCAGCUGAUACGAGGCGAGACGAUCAGCGCUGAGUGGUACGAUGGGGUGACUAUCUACUUCAGCGACAUAUGUGGCUUCACUGCUCUCUCGGCUGAGAGCACACCCAUGCAGGUUGUUGACUUGCUCAACGACCUGUACACCUGCUUUGACUCUAUUGUGGAGCACUUUGACGUCUACAAGGUGGAGACGAUCGGCGAUGCCUACAUGGUGGUAUCCGGACUUCCGGUGAGGAACGGUAACUUGCACGCGCGCGAAAUUGCCCGCAUGUCCCUGGCCUUGCUCGACGCCGUCUUCAAGUUCAAGAUCCGACAUCGGCCCGGGGACCAGCUCAAGCUCAGGAUUGGCAUCCACUCUGGCCCGGUGUGUGCCGGUGUGGUGGGUCUCAAGAUGCCCCGCUACUGUCUGUUUGGUGAUACCGUCAACACCUCCUCUCGUAUGGAGUCCAACGGAUUGCCUCUCCGGAUCCACGUCAGCCCAGACACUGCGACCAUCCUACAGCAGUUUGACACAUUCCACUUAGAGAUGAGGGGCGCUGUGGAGAUGAAGGGCAAAGGGGCCAUCACCACCUUCUGGCUCCUAGGGGAAGACAACUCUCCUUACAACAUCCGCCAACAGGGCUGCAACGAGCCGGCAGACAAAUGUCUGUCUGUGGGAAAGUCUGCCUCUUCUAAACACUGACAACAGACUACACUUAUUAUCCCUCACUUAUUUCGAUUUUUUUCCUUGUUUUUUUUUUUUUUUUUUUUUUUUUUUUUUAAACAACCCGCACCCCCACCCCCCACCCUACUCCUAACCAACGGUUCCCAUGAUCUGCAUGAUGUUGGCCCCCUCUCCUUUCUCCACACACCCCCCCCCCCCUUCCCAGGGGAAAAAAACCCAAACCUGUCUUACUCUCCCACUCCUUCU